AUGGGAAACACUAUUUCAUAUGAUACCAACGCAACCGUCAUUGACCUUGGUCCCAAGGGCAAGAUCAAGGGACUCCAAUACGAUGACAAGGCGGUACGAUAUGCUGGAGUCCCGUAUGCUUUGCCACCAACAGGAGAGCAUCGAUGGCGAAAGCCACGGCCACUACCUCCUUCGUAUGCGUAUACUGGGCCAGAUGGAUCUUAUGAUGCCACAUCUUUUCGGCCUCCAUGUGCACAGGGCGCCCAGAUUCAUGGCGCCGCCCCAAAGCCGGGGUCUGAGGACUGCCUCAUUGUGAACAUUUGGACACCGGUGAAGAAGCCGGAGGACCCAAACAAGAAAUGGCCUGUGAUGAUUUGGAUUCACGGAGGCUGGUUCCAGAUAGGCAACCCAUCCCAAGAUAUCGACAUGGAUCCAACUGAGCUGGUUGGGACCAGCGGGUUGGAUGCCAUCUUUGUUGCGGUUGGAUAUCGCCUCAGCAUUUUUGGCUUCCUUGCGACUCAGGCCCUAGCCGAUGAAAACGGAGGCGAGUCAGCUGGCAACUUUGGGCUCUGGGACCAGAGACUUGCUAUCGAGUGGGUGUACGAAAACAUUGGCAGCUUUGGGGGAGAUGUCAACAACAUCACGCUUUCUGGACGGAGUGCAGGCGCAUACUCAGUCGAAGCCCAAACUCUCUACGAAUUCCGAAAGAAUAACAAAGAUGGUCCGGCUGAGCCUUUUCACCGCAUCUUUAUGACGUCAAACGCGAUUCCAGCACAACCUAAGACCAUUGCCGAAACAGAGGGCCAGUUUGAUGAAGUUUGCCAAUACCUGGGGAUUGACUUGAGCUUGUCGGGAACCGAGAGGCUAGCAAAGCUACGACAAGUAAGCCAGGAAACACUUCUGGCCGCUAUCCCAAACCUCAACAACCAUACCUUCCGUCCCGUCACCGAUGACAUAUUCUUCCAUUCCGGCAUGGUUGAAUACCUGAGAGACGGAGGGUUCGCCGCCGAGUUCAAGAAACGCGGAAUGAGACUCCUCAUUGGUGAGGUGCUGAACGAGGACAAACUUUACGCACAGUUCAACGCACCUGAACAGGGAAACAUCGAAGCCUUGCGCUUGCAAACAUCCAACUACUACGCCCCGGCAACAACUGACCGCGUCAUCAAGCAAUACAAACUGCCCGAGGACACGGAUCUCGAUGAAUGGAAGGCCGUUUUUGGAAACAUUAUUGCUGAUGGGCAGGUCCGCGCUCCGGGUCGAUUCUUUGUGGACAAUCUGCACAAGCAUGGCGUUCCCGUUUCGGAUAUUUGGAGAUAUCAGAUCGGCUAUCGGCUUUCCUUUAUUCCUGAAAAGGUCGCUCCUCUGUCGUAUGGUGUGACACACGCCAUGGAUAAGUCUUACUGGAACUUCUCUAUUCACCAUGGACCGACUGCGGAAGAGAAAACCAUGAUGAGUGAAUGGAUUGGCAAUCUUGUCGCAUUUGUCCAAAACGACAAGGACUUUGACUUUGGAACUCGGCAAAUUGAGCAGCACAAGAUUGUGUCGCCCGAUAUGAAGAUAACUGUGGUGACUGAUGAUCGUUUCAAAGAGCUGAGUGCCUUGGGCGGUGUCUUUGCUCAAGGCUGA